ACCUGCACCGCCGCCGUGGCCACCAUGAGCCGCUACGGGGACGAGAUGGGGGGGGGAUCUGGGCGAGGGGGCCGCGGGCCCCACGCAGGAGGCGCAGCGCCGGGGGGUCGCCGCCAGAUCUACAAGCAGUCGAUGGCCCAGAGGGCGCGCACCAUGGCCAUCUACAACCCCAUCCCCGUGCGGCAAAGCUUCCUCACCCUCAACCGCUCCCUCUUCCUCUUCAGCGAGGACAACGCGGUCCGCAAGUACGCCAAGCGCAUCACCGAGUGGCCGCCCUUCGAGUACCUGAUCCUUGCGACCAUCAUCGCCAACUGCCUGGUGCUCGCGCUGGAGCAGCACCUCCCCGCGGGGGACAAGACCCCCCUCUCGGACCAGCUGGAUGUGACCGAGCCGUACUUUAUCGGCAUCUUCUGCUUCGAGUGCGGCAUCAAGAUCGUGGCGCUGGGGUUGGCGCUGCACCGCGGCUCUUACCUCCGCAACGGCUGGAACGUCAUGGACUUCGUGGUCGUCAUCACGGGGAUCCUCUCCAUGUUGGGGGGAAGCUUCGACCUGAGGACGCUCCGUGCCGUGCGCGUCCUGAGGCCGCUCAAGCUCGUGUCCGGCAUCCCCAGCCUGCAGGUGGUGCUGAAGUCCAUCAUGAAGGCCAUGGUGCCGCUCCUGCAGAUCGGAAUGCUCCUGUUCUUCGCCAUCCUCAUGUUCGCCAUCGUGGGCCUCGAGUUCUACAAGGGGGACAACCUCCACAUGACGUGCUUCAACAACGCCACAGGGGAGCAGCUCGGGCAGCAGCCGUGCGGCACGGACAGCACGGCGCGGAUCUGCCACGAGAACGUCACGGAAUGCCGCCUCUACUGGGCCGGCCCCAACGACGGCAUCACGCAGUUCGACAACAUCUUCUUCGCCGUGCUCACCGUCUUCCAGUGCAUCACCAUGGAGGGCUGGACCGACGUGCUGUACGCCACUAAUGACGCGUACGGCACGGCGUGGAACUGGCUCUACUUUGUCCCUCUCAUCAUCAUCGGCUCCUUCUUCAUGCUCAACCUCGUGCUGGGAGUCCUCUCAGGGGAGUUUGCGAAGGAGCGCGAGCGCGUGGAGAAUCGCCGCGAGUUCCUGCGUCUGCGCCGGCAGCAGCAGAUCGAGCGCGAGUUAAACGGAUACCUGGAGUGGAUCUGCAAGGCUGAGGAGGUCCUCUUGGCCGAAGAGGACCGCAGUGCGGACGACAAGUCGGCCAUCGAGGCCAUGCGACGGGCAGCGGUGAUCAACAGCCGGGACGACUUGAUGCAGGCCGAGGAGGGGGACGACCACUUCACGGACAUCUCCUCUGUGGGCUCCCCCUUCACCCGCGCGGCCACCUUCAAGAGCGGGGGGGGCUCGGGGGGCCCCGGCGGCGUCGGCGGGGGGGGCGGGGGGGGCGGGGGGGGCUCCGGGGGGGGCGUGGCGAGGGAGGGGCUCUCCUACGUGCGGCGCAGGGAGAGGCGGGUGCGGUUCUGCGUGCGCCGCCUCGUCAAGUCGCAGCCAUUCUUCUGGCUCGUGCUGUGCCUGGUGGCACUCAACGCGCUGUGCGUGGGCGCCGUGCACUACGACCAGCCCGCCUGGCUCUCCCUCUUCCUCUACUACGCAGAGUUUGUGUUCCUGGGCCUCUUCCUGCUCGAGCUCUGCCUCAAGAUGUACGGACUCGGCCCGCGCGCCUACUUCCACUCCUCCUUCAACUGCUUCGACUGCCUGGUGAUCAUGGGCAGUGUGUUUGACGUGCUGCUCACGGCCAUCGAACCCAAGACGUCGAUUGGGAUCUCGGUUCUGCGCACGUUGCGGCUCCUGCGCAUCUUCAAGGUCACCAAAUACUGGAUCUCGCUGAAGAACCUCGUGGUGUCUCUGCUCAACUCGAUGAAGUCGAUCGUCUCGCUCCUCUUCCUGCUCUUCCUCUUCAUCGUCGUCUUCGCCCUCCUCGGCAUGCAGCUUUUUGGGGGCUCGUUUAACUUUGAAGAGAAGACGCCCUUCACCAACUUCAACACCUUCCCCAAUGCCAUCCUCACCGUCUUCCAGAUCCUGACGGGCGAGGACUGGAACACGGUGAUGUAUGACGGCAUCCUCUCGCAGAAGGGCGCGGGGUACAGCAUGUGCUACUCCAUCUACUUCAUCAUCCUCACGCUCUUCGGCAACUACACGCUGCUCAACGUGUUCCUCGCCAUCGCCGUCGACAACCUCGCCAAUGCACAGGAGCUCACCAAGGACGAGGAGGAAGAAGAGGAAGCGGCCAAUCAGAAGCUGGCGUUCCAGAAGGCCAUGGAGGUGGCGGAAGUGAGCCCCAUGUCGGCGAUGAACAUCUCCCUCGCAGUGCUCGAGCAGUCCAAGCCGCACAAGCCCAUGACGGUGUGGGAGCGGCGCACCAGCGCGCUGCGCCACUCGCGCUCCCACCUCAGCCAGGAGGCGCUGGCGAACAGCCGGGGCGACAGCGCCGGCGGAGCAGGCGACGCCGGCACGGGCGGCGCCGGCACGCCGCGCGCGCCGCUGCGCCACUCGGCCUCGCUGCACGUCCGCCCGCCGAGCCUGGCGACCGGGGUCGCGGCGGCGCCGGCGCGCGGCGCCACGACGCGCGUGAGCGGCGCCGGCGCCGCCGCCGCGGCGUCCGCCGCCGCCACCUACCGGGACCGACCGCUGCUCGCGCGCGAGCCCGGCGCGCGCCCCUCGGCGGGGCCCGGCGCGGAGGACGACGGCGCGGCCGCGGUGCCGCCGUCGGCGCCGCCGCCGCCGCCGCCCGCCGACCGCCACCUGGAGGCGGUGACGGAGCGGCCGCUGGUGCUCGAGCCGGGCGGGAGGAGCCAGGGAGAGGAGGAGCGGCGCUCGCUCGAGGACGUGUGCGAGGUGGACGAGGAGCGCCAGCUGGAGGCGCUGGAGCGGCCUCUCAUCGUCGUCGGCGGCUGCUGCAAGAGCCGCGUGACGCCGGGCUCCGGCGGAGCCGACGGCGCGAGCCCCGAGGAGGAGGCGGCGGCGGCGCCGGCGGCGUCGGCGUCGUGCGCGCGGAACCGGCGCUGCCGCAAGCACCGCAGCCGCAGCAAGGAGGACGAGCGCCGCUGCCACCACCACCGCAGCAGCGGGAGCAACAACAACUGCGGCGGCAACAACCACGGGCAGCGGCAGGAGGAGGUGGACGAGGAGUCGGGGGCCCAGCCGGAAGCCCGGCAACGCGCCGGUGCCGCUUCUCCGCCGGGAGAGCCGUGCGGGCGCCGACUGCACCGGCGGCACGGACGGCGCGGGAACGACGGCACGGAGCCGGCACCGGCGACGGCGGCGGCGGCGGGGGACCACGUGUGCCCGGCGGGCUCGGUGCGCACGGGCGCGUCGCCCGCGGCUCCGCUCGCCGAGGGCGACGCCGACGGGGACGCGGGGGCCGCCGCCCCGGCGGGGGAGGCGGAGAGGGAGAGCGAGGGGAGCGGCCGGAGCCACACCGACCCCUCCCCUGGGGACCCCGGGGAUCAAGGGGAGGAGCAGGGGGAGCAGGAGGCGGCCCGGAGCGUCACCGUCAACAUCAUCCCCCCGCCCGAGGAGCAGAGAGGGGCGGCAGGCCCCGAUGGCGGUGGGUCGCGGGGCCCCGGUGCCGCCAGGAGGCCGAGCGAUGGCGCGCAAGACGGGGCCAGGCCAGCGAUGGCGUACAGAUCCAUGUUCCUGUUCAGCGUCAGAAAUCCGCUGCGGCGUGCGUGCCACUACGUGGUGACCCUGCGGCACUUUGAGAUGAGCAUCCUCACCGUCAUCGGCCUGAGCAGUGUGGCCCUCGCCGCCGAGGACCCCGUGUGGCCGGACUCGCAGCAGAACAACGUGCUCAAGUACUUUGACUACAUAUUCACGGGCGUGUUCACCUUCGAGAUGGUGGUGAAGAUGAUCGACCAGGGGCUCGUGCUGCAUGCCGGGUCGUAUUUCCGGGACCUGUGGAACAUCCUGGACUUCAUCGUCGUCGCCGGAGCCAUCAUCGCCUUCCCCCUGCAGGGCAAACAGGGGAACACCAUCAAGUCCCUGCGCGUGCUGCGAGUGCUGCGCCCCCUCAAGACGAUCAAGAGGCUCCCCAAGCUCAAGGCGGUGUUCGACUGCGUGGUGAGCUCGCUGAAGAAUGUAUGGAACAUCCUCGUCGUCUACAUGCUCUUCAUGUUCAUCUUCGCCGUGGUCGCCGUGCAGCUCUUCAAGGGAAAGUUCUUCUACUGCACUGACGAGUCCAAGGAGUUCGAGAAGGACUGCAGGGGUCAGUUCCUGGUGUACGACAAGAAGAGCGUGCGCGUGGAGCAGCGCGAGUGGCGCCGCUACGAGUUCAACUACGACAACGUGUUCCAGGCGCUCAUGACGCUGUUCACCGUCUCCACGGGGGAGGGCUGGCCCCUGGUGCUGAAGAACUCGAUGGACAUCACGGAGGAGGAGCAGGGCCCACGUCCCGGCGCGCACAUGGAGAUGUCCGUCUUCUACGUCGUCUACUUCAUCGUCUUCCCCUUCUUCUUCGUCAACAUCUUCGUGGCGCUCAUCAUCAUCACGUUCCAGGAGCAGGGCGACAAGGUCAUGUCCGACUGCAGCCUCGAGAAGAACGAGCGUGCGUGCAUCGACUUUGCGAUCUCGGCGCGGCCGCUGUCGCGCCACAUGCCGGCGCGGCGAGCCGCCUUGCAGCACCGUCUGUGGACGCUGGUCGUGUCCCCGCCCUUCGAGUGGCUCGUCAUGGCGCUCAUCGCCCUCAACACGCUCGUGCUCAUGAUGAAGUUCUACGGCGCCUCUAACGAGUACGAGCUGGUCCUCAAAUACCUCAACGUCAUCUUCACCAUCCUCUUCUCGCUCGAGUGCCUGCUCAAGCUGCUUGCGUUCGGCCUGCUGAACUACUUCCGCGACGCGUGGAACGUGUUCGACUGCGUCACGGUGCUGGGCAGCAUCACCGACAUCCUCGUCGACGAGUUCUGGGGAGACUUUGUGAGUCUCGGGUUCCUGCGCCUGUUCCGAGCGGCGCGACUCAUCAAGUUACUGCGGCGUGGAUACACGAUCCGCAUCCUCCUCUGGACGUUCAUACAGUCCUUCAAGGCACUGCCGUAUGUGUGUCUCCUCAUCACGAUGCUCUUCUUCAUCUACGCCAUCGUGGGCAUGCAGGUGUUUGGUAACAUCAAGCUGGUGGAGGAUAACGCCGUCAGCCGCCACAACAACUUUCAGACGUUCCUGCAGGCGCUCAUGCUGCUCUUCAGGAGUGCGACGGGCGAGGCCUGGCAGGAGAUCAUGGUGGCCUGCAAGUCGGGGCAGCCGUGUGAGGGCUACCCGGGGGGGCCGCCCCCUGACCCCACGGGGUGCGGCAGCGACUUCUCCUACUUCUACUUCGUCUCCUUCAUAUUCCUCUGCUCGUUUCUGAUGCUGAAUCUGUUUGUGGCCGUCAUCAUGGACAACUUUGAGUACCUGACCCGGGACUCGGCGAUCCUGGGCCCGCACCACCUGGACGAGUACAUCCGCGUGUGGGCCGAGUACGACCCGGCCGCCUGCGGCCGUAUCUCAUAUCUAGACAUGUAUGAGAUGCUUAGGCACAUGUCACCUCCUCUGGGUCUCGGCAAGAGAUGUCCCGCGCGCGUGGCCUAUAAGCGGCUGGUGCGCAUGAACAUGCCGAUCGCGGACGACAAGACGGUCCACUUCACCUCCACGCUCAUGGCGCUCAUCCGCACGGCGCUCGACAUCAAGAUCUCCUCUGCUGGAGGGAUGAUCCAGCAGCUGGAGGAUCUGGAGCUGCGCAAAGAGAUCUUGACCGUGUGGCCCAACCUCUCCGCCAAGACCUUGGACCUGCUCGUGCCCACUCACCCGCCGAACGCCCUCACGGUGGGCAAGGUGUACGCGUCGCUCAUGAUCUUCGACUUCUACAAGACGAGCAAGGCGCGACGAGCACAGGGCGCGGCCUCCCCGACUCACGCCGGCCGCAACUCGUCCCUGUUCCACCGCAUGGUGGGGGCCGUCACGUCCCCCCAGGGCCCCGCCCCUCACGUCCCCAUCCCCGCCGUGCGCUUCCAGGAGCCAGACUCGGACGACACGGGGGCCCCCCAAUCCAGCCUGUGCCCGGGCGAGUCUGGCCUGCGUGCCUCGCCCUCCUGGGUGACCCAGCGAGCCCAGGAGAUGUGCCAGCGCACGCGACCUCACACCCCGGACUGGGGGCGCGGGAGCGAGGCGGCCGGGGGGCCCGGGGAGCCCCCCACGCAGCUGGAAGCCAUGGUGCCCCUGAUUGCUCGCACCGCAUGCUCCGAGGUGCUGGGUGUGAGCGAGGUGGAUGGGAGCAGUGACCAGGAGAGCGAGUACUGCCUGGCGCUGGAGCACCAGGGCCUCGCCUCCUCCAUGCCGCGCCUGCACCACGCGCAUGCGCAGCUCCUAGGGGACCUGAGCCCCAUGAAGAGGUCGAUGUCAGCGUUCGACCCCACGAGGCUCCGCCUGCGCGACCUGGACCCCGCGAGACCCCGCUCCACCCUGGACCCCGCGGACUUGGAGCCCCGGAGAGAGGGAGUGGGGGGCGGAGGAGGAGGAGGCAACGCGUGGUUGGCGGAGCGAACGUCGAGGCAGACGCGGCGCUCUCGGAGCCGGCACAGGCUCAGCGACAGCGCCACAGACCGAGGGGCACCGAGCGGGCUCAGGGAAGGGGCGAGCCCCUGCGUGUGCGGGGCCCCGGGGCCCCAGCCCCCCUCGAGGGAGGUGUGUGUGACGAUGGGCGACGAGGAGGAGGCGGUGGAGGUGAACGAGAUGGAGAGCUGCGUGGACGUGAGCCCCGGCCGGGCAGGACGGAGCGGCACGGGAAGGCGUGAGCGCUUGAGCUGAGGGGUAGUGGACCCCAUCUCGAGGGGAGGGGCGGGAGGACCUGGGAGGGAGGAGGGGGAGGACGACCCCUGCAGAGAGAGGGAUCCAACCCCCCUCCCUCCCCCUCCCCCACCGACCCCGCUCAGGGACCCCUGACUCCUCGGGUCACAGCUGGGGUUACGACCAGGGUCUAGCCCUUCCCCGUGCUUCACGACCCUGAGGAAACAUCAUCAUCAUCAUCGCCGCGCGACGGAUAGGCACCGUUGUCACGACGACGGGGGGCCUGGGCGGACCGGAGGAAAAUUCGCAAACGAGAGGAAGAAGUGUGGAAGAAACUAAGAAACGAACUCCGGGGACCCCCACAAAGGGCACCCCCCCUCACUUUUUGUAUGAUGCGUGCAAGGCUAUCGAUGUUUUUAGUCACCGAAAGAACCAAGAAUAUGGUAGAUGGACACUUCUUCUCUCGCAAGCAUUUUCCCCUCGCAGGGAGCAUGCAGCCGCCUCGCAGUCCUCCAUCUUCCUCAAGCCUCGCUUGCCAUGGGCCACGUCGCUUUGGGGGGGGGGGGGCGGUGGUCACGUGCUCCCCUUGGACCGCCCGGCGGCCACACGAGUGGCCGAACUAAGUUAGAGUCUGGGUUACAGGGUCGUGAGUAGAGCCUGCAGCCAAAGGGCCAAGUCUAGGGUUGUGUUGUGGUGGCUUAGAAUCAGGGCUAGAUUCAUAGCCCUAGCCCGGUUUAGCCUCAACUGAGCUUUACUUCUUUUCCACUGUACAAAUCGAGCCACGCAGGGGCUAUGGUCGAGCCAGCCCAGCGUGGCUCAGGUUGUUUUAUCCCACUGCUGAACCCAAACUGUGUUCAAGCGAACUGACUAACGCAAAGCACGACGAGAAUGACUAUGUCCCCGCCCCUGGCCCUGCUUGGCCCUGAGCCAGACUCAGAUGCCUUGCAAGACCAGCGCAUCACAGUUUGGUUCUGGCUUGGCUCCGAAAAGAGCCAGUGGAAAACCACCCGUACUGUGAGGGGCCCCGUGCUGGCUCUCCUCGGACGCAUCAGUGGAAAAGAGGUACAAGAGUGUAUAUUUGGGCCAUGGAUAUAGCCCACAGCUCGAGCCCACAGCGCUAGCCCAGUCUAAACGUGUGUUGAGUUAGAAAUCAGGGCUAGACUCAACAGUCUUAGUCCGGUCUAAUCUCGCACCGUCGGCUGCCACCUUUAAGGUAAAAAAAAACCGAGACAUAUCAUGGGAAGAAUGUCUUACUUGAGCAGAAGAGGGGGGAACUACAUGUAAAUGCAUUGUCUACAGUGGUGUGUUGUUAUUAUUACGCUACUGACAACAAACUGGGCUUUUAAAUGUCCCGGGAAGGUUUGGAGAUUCCCCUGGAUAGCAACUGCCUCCUCAACACGGGGACAAUCCUGGGAAUGCGAGGAUAGGUGGCUACCCUACUUGCGCUACCGGGGCUAAUCAACACUUGUAGUCCGGGCCUGCCUGGAGCUGGGACAUUCCAAGCGGGAUAGUUUGACCUCCUGGCAAGAUCACAUAGAGGAAUUAUUGUGGGGUCCGGCCAGAUGAACCAGGGAUCGGCUGUAAAGCGGUGGGGGGUUGGAGGGCCUAGUUGAGGGGGCCUGGUGAUGGCCGGGGGACCCAAGGCGGACUAAAGUGGGGGGGCCCAUGUGGAAUGAAAUGGGGGUGACCCAACCAAAACCCCUUUUACCGGGGCAUCUCCAUGGAAACCGAUUCCCUCGCCUGCCCCCCAACACCAUUUUGUGCAAAAUAUGUGGACCAAAUUUGUGAUAAUGCCGCUGUUGCGCGUGUGUGUGUAAGUGGCUGGUUUUGUAAGUGUGUGUGUUAGUACCGGUGGCUGAGGCAAAAGUGAGGUGAGGAGACAUUGCCUCACCCCCACCUCACCACACCGUGUAAAGAGUGGCGGGGGGGGGGGUAAUUAAUUAGCGCCUUUAAUCCGGCCCCCUUAACAUAAGCCUGCUUUAAAAUCGGAAACCUGAACCCUAAAUUGGCCGGAUGUUUUUACCAAUAACGCUUGUUGAGGUACGGAAAGCUUCGUUUGACCCCGGUAUCCAACAUAUUCCCUCAGAAGUGACUGGUAUUUCGUGUAAAAAGGUUUUAAGGGGGUAUGUUUUCGCUUCAUGUAGUUUUAUUUUCCCGCCAAAUUAACCGUCACCCCCCCCUCUCCAUCUUUCCGCCUGCAUGCGACGCAGCCGCUCUGGUCGGGGGAUGUUAACUCCUUCCCGUGUGUAAUGUCUGGAUCCGGUAUUACGGGAGUUGCACUGAGACGAGUUGCGCGGGGAGAUUAAGACUAAUGAGCGCCGCGUUCUUAGUAAGUCAGCGUCUCGUCGGCACUUAACACAGUAUUGGGGGAGGGGUUCAGGAUGUAACGGCUAUCCAGCAGUUCUCCUAAGGGCCAUUCAUUUUAUACCCAAAAAUCGGUCGAAACUUCACCCCCUACCCUCCCUGUACGCAAACAGAAAGUCCACCGCCGGACUAACUAAUUUGAAGGCCAAUGUAGACAAAUUAUUGUCGAGGCUUCACCUCCCCCCCCCGUUUCCUAUGCGUACACUGUCAGUAGACCCCCAUACGUAAGCGGACGCAUUUGGGUUACCCCCCAUCCCCCCUCCACGCGUUCGCGCUCAAUGGAUGGCCCCGAUCACGGCGAGUAAGGAAUGAUCGAUUCCAGUAUUUCCGAUAGGGUAAUGCGGUGCUUCUUAGGAUCCGCGUGACUCCCUUUACAGUCACUGCUCUCCUCCCACAACAUGAGUGUUUACAAAUGGUAGAAUCGUUGAGUCGAGUCUCGACUCCCCUGUUCGUUACGCCUUACUCCUAAGUCGAACCACGACCCUGAAAAUAUUCAGUGACAACAUUCAUUCCUGUGUACACCCGUGAGGUUCUAUGGACUCGUACCAACUGCGGUAGAAAUUAUAUUUGCACUGCAAGAACGAACAGUGUUUAUGCUUGUUACAGCACCCCUAGCAUGCCGUUGGUAUCGCCCAAACUAAACCUGGCUUGUCUGCAAUGUCGGGCGAUACCAACGGACCGGGAACUUGGGAUGGGGGCAUGGUGUUGUUGGGGUAUUUUCGACAAGUUUGUCGACAGAUGUCUGCUGCCUUGUUAAAUUAUUAAGCGAGCCCUAACCCUCAUAUCUUCUCCGAACCUUCGCCAUUACCCAAUCCAUUCCAAGACCCAGCCCUAACCCUCGCCUACA